CAUUACAAAAGCGUCUGAAACGUUAUCAUACACAGCAGUCCACUGAUUGCAUUUUCAGUCCCUCUUUUUCUUCCUUUUACCAUCUCCGGCAGCUCACUCCGGCGGCUCAGCUCUGCUCAUAGUUCAAGGGUUUAACACUUCCAAAUCAUGCGAAAUCAAAGAUAGAAAUUGUUAGUGUUAGGGUUUUUUCAAGGUUGAAUUUGCAAUGGGGAACUGUUGCAGAUCUCCGGCAGCGGUUGCUAGAGAAGAUGUGAAGUCCUCUAACUACUCCGGCAAAGAUCACGGAAGGAAAGAAAAGUUCAGCGCUGGAAACAAGCAAAAACCGAUCACUGUGUUAGCUGAUGUUAAAAAGGAGAAUGUUGAGGAAAGGUAUUUGGUAGAUAGAGAGUUAGGAAGGGGAGAAUUCGGGAUAACUUACCUUUGUAUAGAUCGUAGCAGUAGGGAACUUUUGGCUUGCAAGUCGAUUUCGAAACGGAAGUUACGAACAGCAGUGGAUGUGGAGGAUGUAAGGAGAGAAGUGGCAAUUAUGAAGCAUUUGCCACAGAAUUCAAGUAUUGUGAGUUUUAGGGAAGCGUGCGAGGAUGAAAAUGCGGUUCAUUUGGUGAUGGAACUAUGCGAAGGUGGUGAGCUAUUUGAUAGGAUCGUUGCCAGGGGGCAUUAUACUGAACGAGCAGCUGCUGCUGUUACACGGACGAUUGUGGAGGUUGUGCAGCUUUGUCACAAACAUGGAGUGAUUCAUAGAGAUUUGAAGCCCGAGAACUUUUUGUUUGCUAAUAAGAAGGAAAAUUCACCUCUCAAAGCAAUUGAUUUUGGCUUAUCAAUCUUCUUCAAGCCAGGUGAGAAGUUCUCCGAAAUAGUUGGAAGUCCCUAUUAUAUGGCUCCUGAGGUGCUCAAACGAAACUAUGGACCAGAAAUAGAUAUAUGGAGUGCAGGAGUCAUUUUAUAUAUUUUGUUAUGUGGCGUUCCUCCCUUUUGGGCCGAAUCUGAACAAGGUGUUGCCCAAGCCAUUUUACGUGGGGCAAUAGAUUUCAAGCGGGAACCCUGGCCAAGUAUUUCAGAAGGUGCUAAAAAUCUUGUCAGACAAAUGUUAGAGCCAGAUCCAAAGCUUCGACUGACUGCAAAGCAAGUACUUGAGCACCCUUGGCUUCAAAAUGCUAAGAAGGCUCCGAAUGUCCCCCUUGGAGAUGUUGUAAAGUCGAGGCUUAAGCAGUUUUCGUUGAUGAAUAGGUUUAAGAGGAAAGCUCUGAGGGUGAUUGCUGAUUUCUUGUCUAAUGAAGAAGUUGAAGACCUCAAAGAAAUGUUUAACAAGAUAGACACUAAUGAUGAUGGCAUUGUUUCAGUCGAAGAACUUAAAGCAGGACUAAAGCUCAACUCCCAGCUGGCAGAAUCUGAAGUACAGAUGCUUAUUGAAGCCAUUGAUACUAAUGGCAAAGGGACCCUGGAUUAUGGGGAAUUUAUAGCCGUUUCACUCCAUCUUCAAAGGAUGGCUAAUGAUGAACAUUUGCACAAAGCUUUCUCCUAUUUUGACAAGGAUGGAAAUGGUUACAUUGAGCCGGAUGAGCUUCGCGAUGCCUUGAUGGAGGAUGGAGUAGAUGACUGCAUCAAUGUGGCGAAUGACAUUUUCCAGGAGGUUGAUACGGACAAGGAUGGGCGCAUCAGCUUUGAAGAAUUUGCAGCAAUGAUGAAAACUGGGACAGAUUGGAGAAAGGCAUCUCGACAUUAUUCAAGAGGGAGAUUCAAUAGUCUAAGUGUGAAGCUAAUGAAGGAUGGUUCACUUAACUUGGGAAAUGAGUAAGGUUUACAUACUUUACUGUUUCAUUCAUCAAAAAUCAAGUUUUGUAUCAGUGUAUCUUGAUCUCAUCCCAUUGUUUUAUGGGGUUCCCAUGAUUUAGUUGGCUUGUCAGUAUUCCGAAGUGGCGACUUCAUCUGGGUAACCUUUAUAACCAUUUGAAACACAAGAGUGUAUCCCCUAUCCUCUUCUUGUUGAGAGUUUUUCCUUGUUCCAAAUUUUUGUACAAAAAAUAUUUUCUUGUGUCAUUGUUGUCUGUGUCUAUUAGUAGGAUUGACAUGGAGCUAACAUACAUGGAAGUAUGCUAGUUCAAAUGACUUUCUUUUAUCCCUUUUUCUCCAAUCCUCAUUUUCCUAGGUGAUUAGUACGUACUAUAGCCGUUUAAGGCUGGGGAAAAGGAACACUAAUUCUAUUGGCUCUAAACCUGCAUUCUUCUUAGCAAUCGUUUAUGUAAAAAGAGGGGUUAUGUCUUUUGAUAUUUCUUGCCGAAAA